UUUAAACGGACACCUCUCACCGAGGGGCGAGGACGACAACAUGGCGGCUUCCUUGCGUCUGGGUCGUCAGGGGAUUUUAUUCGGCCUGAGAUUGUCUCAGUUUAACAAAUGUGUGCGGAAGACAAACCCAUGGCAGGAGCAGGUCCGACGCUUCUUCUUGUCCCCGUGGGUCCUCGGUGGCAGCCCACUCAAAGUGGAAAUGCCUGCUCUGUCCCCCACCAUGGAGGAAGGGAACAUUGUCAAAUGGCUGAAGAAGGAAGGUGAGGCUGUGGCAGCAGGCGAUGCCCUUUGUGAGAUCGAGACCGACAAGGCCGUUGUUACCUUGGAGUCUAAUGACGAUGGUAUCUUGGCAAGGAUCUUGAUGGAGGAGGGCAGUCGCAACGUGCGCCUGGGCACUCUCAUUGCCCUCAUGGUGGACGAAGGGCAGGACUGGAAGCAGGUUGAGAUCCCCCCUCCAGAUGCUGCAGCUCCACCUGCCACGCAUGCAGCCGCUGCCGCUGCCCCAGUUGUGCCCCCUGCUGCUCCACCACCACCUCCUCCACCAACACCGGCCACAUCAGGACCAUUACGUCUGAGUCCGGCAGCAAGACACAUCCUGGACACCCAUGGUUUGGAUCCAAAACUGGCCACCGCCACUGGACCAAGAGGACUUAUCACCAAGGAAGAUGCGAUGAAUCUUUUGAAGACGUCUCCUGCCCCCAAAGCAGCACCAGCUAUGGCGGCCCCAGCUGCUCCAGCUGCCCCGAGUCCUGCUCCCAUCCCGGUCGCUUCCCCUCCACCCCCAGGCAGCAGACCCAACAUACCUCCUCUCUCUGUUCCAGGGAACCCAGGAGCACCAGGCACGUUCACAGAGAUCCCGGCCUCUAAUGUUCGCCGUGUGAUCGCUCAGAGACUGACACAAUCGAAGACCACCAUCCCCCAUGCGUACGCCUCCGUUGACUGUGACAUGGCUGCCGUCACCAAGCUCCGCAAAGAUUUGGCCAAAGAACAGAUCAAAGUGUCUGUUAAUGAUUUCAUUAUCAAGGCUGCAGCUGUCACACUUAAAGAGAUGCCAGAAGUAAAUGUGACCUGGUCUGGUGAUGGACCCCGAGCGCUUGAUUCCAUCCACAUUUCAAUCGCUGUGGCGACUGACAGAGGCCUCAUCACCCCCAUCAUCAAGGAUGCUGCAAACAAAGGGGUCCAGGAGAUCUCAGCUAAUGCAAAGGCUUUGGCCCAGAAGGCUCGAGAUGGAAAACUUCUACCUGAGGAGUACCAGGGAGGCUCGUUCAGUAUAUCUAAUCUCGGGAUGUUUGGCAUCAGUGGCUUCAGCGCUGUGAUCAACCCUCCUCAGGCGUGCAUCCUCGCCGUCGGGACUUCCAGGGCCGAGCUGCGACUACGCGAGGACGACCAGACCCUGCGCACCCAGCAGCUGAUGACAGUCACUCUGUCCAGCGAUGGUCGACUAGUGGACGACGAGUUAGCCUCACGGUUUCUUGAUAAAUUCCGAGCCAACCUAGAAAAACCCCAACGCAUGACACUUGCCUGAAAACACAGAGACGAAGCACCAAACACCUUCCUGAUAACGCCUGUCUCAUGUGGUCACAAUCAGACGGUUCUUAAGAAACUGAUUCCCAUUGGAUUAAGGCUGACAAAGUAGUCUUGUGUAUAUAGUGUCUCACACAUAAUAACCAAGCAUUGUGAUGAAGUGGGCUUCUGUGACACAGGGUUCUAGCAGUGGUGCCAAAUAUUACCAAGACCCAACCGACACAGCCAGGUGCCCCGCAUACUGUAAAAGCGAUGUUUGGUCUAUCACACCAGUUUGUGUAUAUAUAUAAAGUUAAAGUUGUAUUUUUCAGUACCAGCGCAUCUAUUCUGUGUCACUAUUCACACAUGCAAAUAGAACAUGGGACUGAAAAUGGGACCUUCUAUGUACAUUUGUCCGAAAUAUUUAUUACUGAACAUCAUUGGCGAGGCUGUGCCCACUAAGGGUCAACCCACAUUUCCUGUUACAAAAUUCAAAGUAAAUUUCAGACGUUGUUCAUGUUAAUAUGUUUUAACUUAUUUAAAACAAAUGCUGUGAUAUCCCCGAAAAAUAACUAAUCCAUUAAAUCCAUGUGUAUACAGACUAAAUACAACCAUUUAGGUUUGGGUGUCCUCAGAUGCCAAUAAAACACACUGUUCAACCUUCA